GCUGCUCCCUGAUUGGCUGUACGCUGCUCCCUGAUUGGCUGAGAGGUGCGGGGCUGCGCGCGCAGGCUCCACCUCGGUUACUAAGGGCGGGAGCCCGCCGAGGGCGCCGGUGGCUGGUGGUGUUACGGACAACUCGAAGCCUGACCGCGUUUGCCAUGCCGAACCGCAAGGGUAGCCGGAAUGCCUACUAUUUCUUCGUGCAGGAGAAGAUCCCCGAGCUGCGGCGGCGAGGCCUGCCCGUGGCUCGCGUGGCGGAUGCCAUCCCCCACUGCUCUGCUGACUGGGCGAUGCUGACGGAGCAGGAGAAGGAGAAAUACGCGGACAUGGCUCGCGAGUGGAAGGCCGCCCAGGGAAAGGACUGCGGGCCUUCAGAGAAGCAGAAACCUGUUUCCACCCCACUGAGGAGACCAGCCAUGCUUGUACCAAAGCGGAAUAUUUCACCCCCAGAUAUGUCAAGCUUGUCUCUAAAAAGUGACCAAGCUCUUCUUGGAGGCAUUUUUUAUUUUUUGAACAUUUUUAGCCAUGGCGAGCUACCUCCUCACUGUGUACAGCGCUUUCUCCCUUGUGAAAUAGGCUGUGUUAAGUAUUCUCUCCAAGAAGGCAUUAUGGCAGAUUUCCACAGUUUUAUAAAUCCAGGUGAAAUUCCAAGAGGAUUUCGGUUUCAUUGCCAGGCUGCGAGUGAUUCUAGUCACAAGAUUCCUAUUUCAAACUUUGAAUUUGGGCAUGACCAAGCAACAGUGUUACAAAACCUUUAUAGGUUUAUUCAUCCAAACCCAGGGAAGUGGCCACCUAUCUACUGCAAGUCUGACGAUCGAGCCCGAGUUAACUGGUGCCUGAAAUACAUGGCCAAGGCGUCAGACAUCAGGCAGAAUCUGGAGCUUCUCACGGUGGAGGACCUUCUGGUGGGGGUCUACCAGCAGAAGUUUCUCAAGGAGCCCUCUAAGACCUGGGUGCGGAGUCUCCUGGACGUGGCUAUGUGGGAUUAUUCUAGCAACACAAGGUGCAAGUGGCAUGAAGUAAAUGAUAUUCUCUUCUGCGCAUUAGCUGUCUGCAAGAAAACCGCGUACUGCAUCAGCAAUUCUCUGGCCACUCACUUCGGCAUCCAGCUCACCGAGGCUCACGUGCCUCUCCAGGAUUACGAGGCCAGCAGCAGUGUGACACCCAAGAUGGUGGUGUUGGAUGCAGGCCGUUACCAGAAGCUAAGGUUUGAGAGUCCAGGAUUCUCUCUUUUCAACUCUUCUAAUGAGGAACAAAGAUCAAACCCACAUGCUGGUGACUACCCAUCUGGGGUGAAGACAUCUGGCCAAAGCAGGAGUGUCCGGGGAAGAGGGAUCACGCGCCUGCUAGAGAGCAUCUCCAGCUGCCCCGGCAGCGUCCACAGAUUCUCCAGCUGCGACACCGCAUGCCCCCCUCACGUGUCCCCAAAAGAUGGGUACAGAUCUUUCUCCUCCUUGUCUUAAUGAUGGUACUUUUUCAAUUUCUGGAAACAUAACAGGCCCCUCUGCCCUCCUGACUGCGUCAUAUGAAACACACAGAUCACACGAGUGAUAAAUGUCACUGCUAUACAAACCGCUUCAUUUGUAAGGAAAUCCUGUUUUGUAGAUUAAAAGUAAUUGUGGUUGGAGAAGAUUUUGGCAUUUUUGGCUUUUUUUUCCUGGAGGGCUUGUUCUGCUUCCUGACUGUAUAAUAGGGAUGCCUUUCAAGUCUUGAGUCCUGUAAGAUCAACACUGUCAUUUUCAGAGUUGUGCUUUUGGGAUUGUUAUAUUUUGAUAAUCUUUUCCUCCACAAUAAAGGUAUAGAAUAUCUGUUAUGAAAGGUU